AUGUCGAAAGACUAUGAGGAACCGGAGCCAGAUUAUCCGUUAAGCGAUUCUGAUCUCGUCAGCUACAGAAUCUGUCAACAAACACCAGUGCUGAGGAUUUUUGAAAGUGACGAUUUACCACUGCACCGUGGUGAUUUCACAUCGCAACACGCAAUCAUGGUACGAUCAAGGCAGUUGUCCGAGAUAGCGAGCUUGAUGGACGAAUCAGUAUCCGAUCAACCGACACUAAAACGUUUCUCACGAUACAAUCAGUCGAUGCAUUCACGACCGUCAUCUCACACGUGUAACAUACAGCCAGGUUCUUCUCAGCAGCAGCAACCGCAUACGUGUUCUAAAAUUAGCGGUCGAUUGAAAACAGGAUUCUUUAGCGGAAAUUGGACAUUACGCGGUAAAAAAGAACAAAAAAUGCGUCCAUCUGUGCAUGACAUAACUGUCGUACAGACUGGAAAGCCAUCAGACAAGUUUUAUGAUGAAUCGAAAAGAGAAUCAGUACGAACACCAGAAGAAAUAGUUCAGACUACAAUAGCUCCACUGCAGUUCGCCCGCGUUUCCGAGAAUUUUAAUUUUUCGACAAAAGAUCCUUCCAUAGCAACUAGGCCACUUGGAGAACAAGUAACGGGUUGUCGUUUUCCGGUCUAUGAAAUAUCGCAGCAGAAUCGAUUCGAUGACUUUGUUGGUGAUCAGAGUCAUCGAACAUUGAGCCUGAAGAAGAGUGAAAGUUGUGAUGAUUUCGAACACAGUGGGUUACAUUCUCAACUAUGCAGAAAUAAUAAUAAUAAUAAAUUAAUUGAAUUUGGUGAAAUAAUGGAAACUAGUGAAGAAUGUGAUCCAAUUUUGUCAACCACUCAUACAUACCCCAUUGAUGACAUUAUUGACAAUGAUGCUGACGAUGACGAUGACAGUGGCGUACAUCGCAGUGAUGAAUCACGCUUUGGUAUGAUGAGACGCUUUGGUGGUAUUAAGUCAGUUGGAGCAAUUCGAAGGCAGUGGCAUCGUCCCGUUGCUGAGGUUUUUCCAAAUAAUACUCACACUCGUAGUAGCAAUAAAGGCGGUGGUUUUUCGUCAACAACUUCAAAGCAUUUCUUCUGUACAGGAGAGCGUUCUCCAAUGCUUCCCUCAUCACUUACACAUUUAUUAAUUGAUGCAGAUUCGACAAAUCAUAUUGGUACAUCAGAGUCAAGCCCAUCAUCUAGUAACGACCGUCAACAGCAAUCAACUCUGCGAAAAAGUUGUCCGGAUUUGACGAUAUCUGGCAGUGCAGGUAUGUUGCCGAAAAAUAUGGAAGCUUGUCGAGCACAAAAUCGUAAUCGCCGAGCUCAUGAAAAGAAACAAGCAGCAUUAUGGAAAAAGAAACCCAUAGCUGAGUGGAGUUUAGACGAUGUUCUGCUAUGGCUGCAACAUUGUAAAUUAGAUGAUGUGGCAUCAGUAAUGAUCGGUUAUGAUAUUAAUGGAGCUGAUGUGGAACGAUGGGAUAACAGUACCCUUGAGCAGCUUGGUAUAUCAACGGAGCACACGAGGACCAAAAUAUUGAAUGAGCUACGAGCACUGAAGGUACGACAGACAAAUCCACCAGUUGAAAUAAACGGAACUGGUGGUGUUAGGUCUAAGAGAGGUAAACCUGUGAUACCGCUAUUCAAAUUGGUGCGAUCAACCAGUUACGACAAAGUGGUUGCACUGGAGACACCUUUAACAACUCGGGAUAUUACUGUGGCUGAGGGGAGGUUUGGUUGUCUGCAAGUCACAAAAGUCAACGGUGCUAACAUUCCGCUAAGGGAGCAAGACUGCUUUCUGGAAAUUAAUGAAAUGCCUGGGCAAGCAUUCCGUUCACCACUUAUGUUCACCAAAUUAGUUACUGAGGCAAAUGGUGAACCGAUUAGGUUGGUUGUUCUCAGACGGCGUUUACUUCCUAUUGGGGAUACAAUGGGCAACUACGAUUAUGAUAAUGAUACUUCCGGUCGUGGUACAUUUUUUGAAAAAACACUUCAGGCUCUUGAUCAGGAGUCAUCGGGAAGCAGUGGAGUAUCAUCAAGUGAAUUGUCUUCAGAGCUACCGCCACUUAACGAUGAUAAUAAAUCUCAAGUACUAAGGUUAUGA